GCGCAUAUUCCACUGCCAGCCUGGCUCACAAAUGCUAUACAGGAAGAUGAGUGUGCCUGUGCAAACGUUGGCUCUCAUUUACCUACUCUGCUCACAGGGACAACUUUUGGCAACAGCUCAAGGCUCCAUUAGCAAACACAUUGUUGGAGGGAACGUUGCCUAUCAAGGGGACGUUCCAUGGCACGCCCUAAUCGUUCCUGAUGCAAGUAAUCUUUGCGGUGCUUCCCUCUUGAGCACAUCAUGGUUGUUGACUGCUGCCCAUUGCGUUUACUGGCACCCAUCAUUCAUGAUUUACUUGGGAGGAACGAACAGGACCUACUUGCAACCAGGCGCUAUAGGCUAUAACGUCUCGAAAAAAUAUGUCCACCCAAAGUUCACAGGGACACAAGCGAACUAUGACCUUGCGCUGCUGAAGUUUGACCAGCCUUUAAACAUAACCAAUCAUCCGUAUAUUCGUCCAAUUCGUUUGGUAAAAAAGAGUCUAUCCAAAGCUACAUUUGUUGGAACCAAGGUGUACGUCAGCGGAUUUGGCAAGACGUCUGAUGACCCAAAGCCCAGUGACGUUUUAAAGUGGACAAACAACACUGUAAUCAGUAACACCGAAUGUAAGAAAACGUUUGGUGCCAAAAUCACAACCGAAAUCAUGUGCAUGAGUGGAACUGGACCUAGAAGCAUCUGCCACGGUGAUAGUGGCGGAGCUCUAGUUUACAUAGAAACCGACGGUAGCUUCACUCAAAUCGGAACAGUUGCGUUUGUUUCGGACACCAGCUGCGUGAAAGGGCUACCCCAGGGAUUCGUCCGGACUGGCGCCUAUUUGAGUUGGAUUUCUUCUAUCACUGGAAUCCCCAUGCGUCCCUGAGCAGCUUGUUAAUUACCUUUAAUAUCCGACCAAAUAUGAAUUAAAAUAUCCUUCUGAAGUCAUUGAUUUA